AUGGAGCUGGCAAUGGAGUUCAAGGAGGAAGAGAGGGUUCCCGAGGUGCCUACGACCGAGGAGGGCUUGGAUGCAAGUCAGGAGGCUCCUCCGUUAGAAACUCUAGCACCACCUCCUGUUGAGCCUAUUUCAAGGCCAGAAUCGCCUGGAAUACAGAGUUCUGGUGCGCAGCUGGCCGAGCUCGCGUCUCUGGCAACCAACGUUGCUGCGUCUGAACAAUUACAAAGAGCUUCGGCUGAAGUUAACAACUCACCUCCCUCACCGGCCUUUCCUGAUGCUACAUCUACGCAGCCAGCACCGACAGACCCUGCUUUGUCUACUGACCUUGACACAGCCGCCCAGCUGUCUGCACCAGAGACAGCUGCGCCAGAUCAAGCGGUUGCGCAACCAGAGAUGGCGGCACCUCAGCCACAAUUAAUGAUUGCGGCUCAUCAACCAGGGCUAUCAACAGAACCUACGCAGCCUGUGUCAACCCCUAACAUGCAACCACCUCAACAGCAACCUACGUCUUAUGCUGCUUCUUCUCCAGCCUCAUUGCCGGGAAUAUUGCCGACUUGCCAGAACUGCGGGACGUCUACAACGCCGCUCUGGCGACGAGAUGAACAUGGGGCUGUUCUCUGCAAUGCUUGUGGUCUAUUCCUCAAGCUUCACGGCAGGCCGAGGCCAAUCUCGCUGAAAACGGAUGUCAUCAAGAGUAGAAAUAGGGUCAAAUCGAUUCGACCUGAUCUUGCUUUGAAGAAAAAGCAACAACAACAGCAGCAGCAAAUGCAGGCUCUUGCUGGCGCCAAUGGCGCACUCGAUGCGCAAACCCAAGCAAGCAUCGCAGGGGCGGCAUUAGGUGCACGCAGGGCGUCUCAGAAGUCUACAAAUGGCCACAUUGAAGGUUCGCUCCCAUCAAGUUCUGCCUCCGGCACAACAGACAUGUUCAAUCCUCACAUGCUCUCAGGUUUUGAGGACGGGCAAUAUCCUGCCAACGUUCUUCCAGGGUUCGGACUGCCGGGUUCAUCCGACCAAAGUGCACUUCUCAACGGCGAGAUGCCUCAGACCCCUGAGCAAUUGCUCGCUGCUAUAUCCAGUUUCAAGACGCGCGUAUCGGAGCUCGAGGUCAUCAAUGACUUUCUCGAGCGCCGCCUGCUCACGUAUGAUAGCUAUGGCGGACAACCGCAGGAUGGGCAAGACGGUGGUGUCGGUCAGGGCGAUGCACAAUUGAGAUCACAGGUGGAGAGUCUCACUCAGUCUGAAUCGCAGUUGAGAUCUGAGCUCGAACAAGCUAGAGCCGAGACUGAGCAGCUGCGAUUCAAGGCUGAUGAAGCAGACCAGCUGAGGGCCGAGGCCGAGCAGCUCCGUGCUGAACUCGAAGAAAGCCAUCGGAGAGAGAACAUGAUGAAACGGCGUCUCGAAGACUUUGAGCUUGAAAACAAGCUACUCCUGAACAACGUUUCUGAGGUGGAAGAGGAUGGGCGACCAUCCAAACGGCCACGUAUUGAGGAGGCCGCGCCGGUGCCGGAGGAGCUUACUCCUCCGUCUGUCGCUUAG